AUGGUUUGCAGUAAGAAAGUUAUGUCUAGCGACUUACGUCGAGUUUUCGAUGAUCUUUCUUUGGUCGACAAGUUAUUACCACUUUGGAUUAUUUUAGCCAUGAUCUUGGGAAUAUUAUUGUCGGUGUACGUACCUUCCAGUCGAGAAGCAUUCGAUGGAGCUAAGGUGGUUGGUGUUUCAGUUCCGUUGGCCGUUGGUCUUAUAGUCAUGAUGAUACCUCCGUUGUGUAAAGUUGAAUGGGAAAACUUUUUCAGUUUUUUCAAUCUGAAAAAAUAUUUAAGAUCGAUAUUAAUAUCGUUGGUGAUAAAUUGGAUUAUAUGUCCGUUUUUGAUGUUUGGUCUUGCGUGGCUUACAUUAUUUGACCUAGACGAGUACAGAACAGGAAUUAUCAUGAUUGGGUUGGCGAGAUGUAUUGCUAUGGUGUUGGUUUGGAAUGAAAUAUCUGAUGGUGAUAACUCAUUAUGUGCAGUUAUUGUGCUUAUUAACAGUUUACUUCAGAUUGUGCUUUAUGCACCGUAUCAAAUAUUUUUCUGUUACGUGAUAACCGGUGAUUACGAUAAGGCACAAGGUGCUGGAGCAGGUGUCACAUAUCUGUUGGUUGCACAGAGUGUUGCAUUCUUUUUAGGUGUCCCAUUAGCGGUUGGUUUUUUGAUCAGACUUACAGCUAGAUUCACCGUUGGAAUAAAAACGUUUGAUUCAAAGAUACUUCCUUUCAUUGGUCCUUGGGCAUUGAUAGGUUUAUUAUACACAAUAAUAGUAAUUUUUAUAGAGACCGGGAACGACUUUAUUCGUGAUAUAGGAUCUGGGUUGCGUUGCUUUGUUCCAUUGACUGUCUACUUUAUGAUAACAUGGUUCGGCACAUUUUUCUUUUUAAGAUGGUUCCUUGGGCGCAUUCCUCCUAGAAAAGGGGGAGAAAUCGCCGCUGAUGAAGAGACUGAAUUGUUAUGUGGUUGCGAAAAACAAAUUCCAAAUGUUUCAGGUAGGUGGGUAACAAAUUGUUCAGCGAGUUAUACUGAGACUAUCACUCAGACAUUUACUGCUGCGUCGAAUAAUUUUGAAUUAAGUCUUGCAAUAGCAAUCUCAUUGUAUGGCUCCGGAAGUAAAGAAUCCAUAGCAGCUACAUUUGGUCCUUUACUAGAGGUCCCAAUUUUAUUGGUAUUAUGUUUUGUUGCUAAAUAUUUUAAAAUUAAAUUUUUAUGGUCAGAUGUUGAUGAAGAGGCGGGACAAGUGGUCGAGGUAGAUAGUGAUACUUCAGCUAUUGAAUUAAAUUAG